AUGCUACGCUCUGCCAUCGCCUGGAGCGACGGAACCCUCUCCGAGAUCCGCUCCCGUCACUACUCCGACCGAUGCAUCAAUCUCGCCGCCGAGAGGUCCCCUAAGCUUCAAUCUUCUUCCCAGCGUCCAGGGAAUGUGCCAAACGAGUACCUCAUGGCAAACAUGGCUCGCCCUCUUGAAGCAGAUUCGGAAACUGUAACAAUUGGGAAGUUCAUGACAGGGUUGAAGCACUUAGAGCUUCGAUUCUCGAGGUUAACGGCCAAAGGGAUCGAAUCGAUCAGCAAAGGGUGCUUGAAUUUGGAGUUCCUGGAUUUGUCAGGGUGUGUUAAUGUCAGGGGGACGAUGCGAGCUUGA